AUGAAUGCGCGGUUCAUGGCGAGGAUGGCGAGGUAUUUGGAUCGGGGUGUGGAAGAUUUGGGAGGAGGAGGAGGAGAAGAAGAAAGAGGAGAAAAGGGUGGGAUGGUUGGGAAGAGGAAGAGAGAUUGUGGAGAUGAGGGGGAGGAAACGGAGGAGGGGGAGAAGGAGGAGAAGGAAAAGGAAAAGGGGAAAGAGGUUCCGCUGCGAAAACUCACCGUCAAGUUGAAACUUGUACGAUGUGGGGUGGAGAGGGGAGAUGGAGAUGGAGAUGGAACUUCAUCGUCUUCUUGUACUUUUUCGCAACAACAGCAACAGCAACAGCAGCGACCCGGUCCGUCAGGUCAACCCAAACCCUCCAAGCAAGUUCAAACGACAACCAGCAAGCUUCCCGCUCUAAAAACGAAACCGAAAUCUCUAGCAAAAACAAACGCAGAUUCUCCGCCUAAAAUGUUGACAAGACAAUCAACUCGCAACCUCGCUCCCCUUUCAACCAUGCCCACCGGCCCUCCGAAGCAAAAACCCGCUCGCACACCUUACUUCCCGCAUCUUCACGUAACAAACGAACCCCCUAUCCCCUGGCAUCCCAUCCCUCUCCCCUGCCCAUACCUGCCGGACGACUACGAAGGCCCCCGCGCAGCAUGGAAGCGGCUUUUCCCCAACGAAGCGGAAUUCGGGGAGUACGGGGGGAGGCCGACGGGGUGGAUGGCGAAGAUGACGUGGAAAGCGGAGGAAGGGUGGGUGGAGAGGGGGGAAGGGGAUGUGUAUGUUGAGCGGUUUCUUGGGUAG